GGACUUUGCACUUUAGAACCUGUCCCGUUGAAGUGUCAACGUUUGGAUUUUGAGCUCAGUUUUCGACUUUCGUCUUUGUCGAAUGUCGUCGUGCACCGGUUGUCCCGACGAUCGACAACUCCGACUCGCUCGUCAACGUGAAAUGCCGCCUGCCCAACAAUGCAAAAAGAAGUUUUACGACUGAAGUUCGUCAACGUCAAAGACAAUUUCUUGCACUUUUCACCUUCGACGCACAAGAACUUCACCUCUCCUGGAAUUUGCUGCCUCAAAGGGAUUUUAAAGGAAAACACUUACUAUUUCUCUUCCAGUCCUCUGCCUCAGUAUGGCCUGCAGAACGACAGUGUCGGAAUAAGUUCUGCCUACGCCAGGUCGUUGGGAUUGAGCGAAAACGAUGUGCUCGUAAUUCUCCCCGUGUACAAUUUGGGAUCGAUAAAGAGAAUCUUUGUCUCGCCCGCUAGCGAAGACGACUAUGCAAUUUUAUUAGAAUCUAGUUCAGCUGUGGAAUCCAAUCUUUUAAAUCAGUUAAGGAUAGUAUGGGUUCAGCAAAAAUUCUGUGCCUGGAUAUCAAGCAACAUCUGUGUUACUUUAGUCAUAGAUUCAGUAGUUCCAGAUAUACAUUUUGGCCGCCUUGAAGAGUAUACAGAAGUUGUUGUUAGCAACAUAGUGAAAAAUAAUAACAAUAUUGUGAACAAGCCAGUUCCAAACUAUGUGAAAUCAUUUUCAGACCAUUCCAAAACAGAGAAGAAACUUUUGAAAUUCCGCAGCAUUCUAAUAGGAAAUGAUGUUGAUAAGCGUUCAAAAGUGUUUUGCCAUCCUUUUGUUGUCUAUGCUUUUAAUGAUUUGACUGACGAUACGAUUGAGAGUAGCGACACUCCUUUACUUUAUAAAAUGAAAUUGGCCACAAUGGGAAAUGACACAACAAGCAAAUCCGAACUAUAUGUUCAUCUGGAGUAUGUAUCGUCAAAAAACGACCACUUCAGAGGAAGAGAUAGCUGUGGAAUGAAGUGUUUGUUUGUUUCAAAAAGUGUCCGGAACUUUUUCAAUCUCAACACAGGCACUAAAGUUGUUUUGAUUUCGGAAAAAGAAAAAACUACGAGGAAAGAAAUUGUCGGUAUACUUGUAUCACCACUGUUUCCAUGUGAGGACAACGAAGCCUUAAAAUUAGAAGUGUACAAUGCCUUAUUUCAUAGCAUCACAAAUUUUGGCAAUUUGUUAUUGAAUACAAAAACUAUGUUUCCACUGGACAAAAGAAAAAAUGUCAUUCUAACCCUUAGACCUUUGGAUCUCAACUGUGGAUAUGUACAGCUAAAAACACUCAAAGAUUUAUCGAUAGCUAUAAAUGAAUUUAACUCUAACGACAUGACUGAAGAAGAGACGUCACCGAUAUCUUCCAAAAGCUUAGAUGGUUUGUUUAAACCGCUAAUUCAAGAUGCCAUACUGACAUCGACGUUUUCUCUAAGCCUCAAUGAAACACAAAGGCGAAAUAUACAUUUCUUUGAUAAUUUUAUAGUUACAGGCCCCAGUAGGUGUGGAAAGAGUACAUUUAUAGAGAAACUUUUAAAAAUUUUGAUGGGUCCACCUUAUUUUCUCUACACUGAACAGUUGGAUUGCUCAAAAUUGAAAGGAAAAAAAAUUGAAGUCGUCACGAAAACACUUACAGAUCAUUUAAAUGCAUGCAGGAUUCAUCAGCCAUCCAUACUUUUUCUUGAUAAUAUUUCAUCUCUGGCAAGUGCUACAAAAGGAGAAAAUGAAGCCACAGAAAUGACAAUGCAUGUAAACAGAAUAUCAUACAAAAUAACUGAGCUUGUCGAGGAUUUUCAAAAGGAUAAUUUAAUAUUGGUAACUGCAUGCUCUUUGUCUUUGGAAGCUGUGAAUCCGAUUCUUUGUUCCCCCAGGGGGAAAUCUUUGUUUACAACCCAGCUAGACAUACCUGAGCUUACAAAGGGCGAAAGAUACUUCUUUAUCAAAGCGUUGAUAAAUUCUAAGGAGAAAUUUGUUAAUAUUGAUGAUGAUGAGUUGAACGCUGUUGCUUUGAGGACUGAUGGCUUUUUGGUGUCAGAUUUGGUCAAGCUAAUCGAUAAAUCCUUUUUUGAAAAAUAUCAAAGGACAGCUGUUGGCAGGGGUAUUUCAAAAAUAACGUUUACUGAUCUGGAGACAUCUCUAAAAACUCUAAAACCAAGUUCAUUGCAUGGUAUCAAUCUAAAUGAAAAAAUACCGUAUAAUUUCUCGCAUGUAGGAGGUUUGAGAGAUGCUAAGGAAAAGCUUACCGAAAUUAUACUUUGGCCUCUUUUGUUUCCAGAUAUUAUGAAGCAAUGCCCGUUAAGGUUGCAAAGCGCAGUUUUAAUAUAUGGCGCGCCAGGAUCCGGAAAAACACUUUUGGCCAAUUCGUUGGCUGGGGAAAGUAAAUUGAAUUUCAUAUCAGUUAAGGGCCCAGAGUUAAUGUCUAAGUACAUAGGACAGAGUGAGGAAGGUGUCAGAAAUAUAUUCAAAAAAGCUCAACAGGCAAAACCUUGUAUUCUGUUUUUUGACGAGUUUGACAGUUUGGCGCCGAGGAGAGGAAAAGAUGAGAUAGGCGUUACAGAUAGAGUUGUAAAUCAAUUAUUAACUGCUUUGGAUGGGGUCGAACCUUUAGUAGGUGUUAGUAUAAUUGCUGCUUCCAGCAGACCUGAUCUUAUUGAUCCAGCACUUCUCAGGCCAGGAAGAAUUGGAACCUCUGUUAUGUGCCACUUUCCAGAUGAGGAUGAAAGAUUGGAAAUAUUGAAAAUUUUAAGUGCUAACAUAAAUUUAGCUCCUGGUGUGAAUUUAACGAAAAUAUCAAAAGAAACUGAGGGAUUUUCAGGGGCAGAUCUUAGAGGGAUUUUUACCACUGCUCAGAUUAAGCUAAUAGACAAAACAGUUGAAACAUUAUUUGAGGAUUCUUCGUGUAAUGUGCUUUCUUCAAUUUUCAAAAAUCAGAAAAAGGAUGUGGAACUGACUGAAGAGGAUAUCUUGGCCGCUAUUAAAGAAACCAAACCUUCUCUCAGUGCUAAAGAAAGAAUCAAGUUCGAAAAUAUAUACUCCGAAUUCAGGAACCCCAAAACACCAAAAAUGGAUGUUCAAAAAGUUACAUUUGCUUGAGUAGAUGUGUACGAGGUGAUGCCAAAAUUUGAAAUAUAUAUUUUUUUAUGUUUCA